UUUAAUGUCUAAGAUGAAAUGUGUAAUUCUAAUAUUAAAACUAUUACUAUUGUCAAGUCUGUGCCUUUGUACUUUAUCUCCACCGGUUGAUAAAAAGAAUCAAAAAAAUGUGAAACCACAAGAAGGUUCUAGGAAAAAUAAUGUUCUAGAUCGAAAAUUAGUUGUUGAGACACCAUACGUCAAAGAUAUUCUUAAGUACCAUGCUACUUACCAUCAAGAUACUUCUUUACGAAGCUUUAAAAAUACGGUUUUGGGCUAUGUUACACCUUGGAAUAGUAAAGGCUAUGAUGUGGCAAAAAUGUGGGCUCCUAAAUUUGACUACAUUUCCCCAGUGUGGCUACAGGUUCGGCGGCAAACACCAAAUAUUUAUAUAGUGUCUGGCUUACAUGAUGUAGAUCAUGCGUGGAUGAAAACUGUUAGACAAAAAAGCUCCAGUACUAAUGUAAAAAUUAUACCAAGACUGCUCUUUGAAAAUUGGCAACCAGCUGAUUUAAAAGCAUUUUUUAUGGAGCCCACAUCGAUGACAGAGCAGAAAGCUCUCAUUAAUGAGAUUAAAAAAGUUUGUAAGCAGUGGAAGUUUGACGGUAUUGUGUUGGAAAUAAUGUCCCAAAUUGGGAAAUAUAUUGAUAAAUCCGUAAAAUUUGUGCAGAAAUUUGGUUUGGAAAUGAAUGAAGAUGAUUUGAGUCUAAUAUUGGUGUAUCCCCCAUUCCGAGGCUAUCCCAGUGAUGAAUUCUUCAUACAAGCAUUCAAUGAAAUCUAUCCUUAUGUGCAAGCUGUGUCAGUCAUGACAUAUGACUUUUCGAAUCCACAAAAACCUGGACCUAAUGCACCUUUGAAUUGGAUGAGAAUUUGUCUCGAAAAAUUAAUUGACAAUGAAGAAAACCCAUCUAAGAGAUCAAAAAUAUUAUUGGGUUUGAAUUUUUAUGGCAACUCGUACACAGCUAAUGGAGGAGGACCAAUUGUGGGGUUGGAGUACAUAGAGCUACUAAAAAAUGCAAAAGCCAAUCAAGUUCUCACAUACAGUAAUAAUACUGCCGAAAACUACCUAGAAAUAAAGACAUCACAGGGUACAAAGAAAAUAUUUUUCCCCACACUAUACUCAAUUCAAAAGAGACUGGAACUGGCACGCGAGUUUGGUACUGGUGUCGCAAUAUGGGAACUCGGGCAGGGCCUCGAUUACUUUUAUGACUUAUUUUGAUGUGAUAUUAAUUUUUAAAUAAUAAAUAAUUUAUUACUAC